ACCCCUUCUGACGAAGCGAAUUGACGCGGGAGUGGGAUCAAUCUGUAGUUAACGCCAGAUUUUGUUGUCACUUUCACCUUUCUGAAAUGAGGAUCGUCUGGGUGACUAUAUUGCUGUUUCAAUGCGUUUGCGAAAUAACUGGAAAAGGAUGCCAACAAAUUGUAUUUGAGAAGACCAAUACGUCCGUUGAAAUAUUUAUUGCUGGAAAAUCAGUUAUUAAACAUUCUCAAAAUAAUCCGAUAAUAGAAGUAGGAAAAGCAACGUCAUCCUACAAAGGUAUUCUGGGAAAUUUUUAUGUAAAUGAUGAUGUCACAUCAAGAAUACCGCUCGAAGGUUUCAAACUUUUGCUGCCUGAUGAAACCGUUGUCGCAUCGGGAGCUGGCCCAGUUAGCGGAACGGGCAACAAUUUAGCCAUUUUGUUCUUCAGCAGUAAAAACAAAACGAGUUCACAGGUUGAAAUGAAAUUUAGUUGUGAAAUAUCUGGCAACAUCAAAAUCCACAUUGACUUGUUUGAUAAAACGUCGUCUGGAAAAAUUACUCGUCUUUGGAUCAAAAUGUAUGCGACAGAAAGUGAAAAAGUUUAUGGAGGUGGAGAGCAAUUUACCUAUUUUCAAAUGAGAGGGCAUGCUUUUCCUAUUUGGGUGAGAGAACAGGGCGUUUCGCGAGACUAUAAAAAACUCACAACUCACUUAGCAGGGCUGCAGUAUGAUGCAACAUUCAUCACAGUUUUUAUUGGUCACGAAGGGAAUGUUUCGCUAAACUGGUGUCAUUUUUGUUUUUUGUAA